AUGUUUCUACAACGAUCUGGCCGAUUCAAUCAAUUUUCUCGCUUCUCUCUUUGCAACGACAUUAUCGGGAUUGCAAGCAAGAAACACAAUGCAGCGUGCUUGCAAGCAAUUCUUUUACCUUUGAAUUUUGAAGCGAGAAAACCUGUUCUGGUUGGAAUGAAUCAUGAUUUAUCAAAUAAUUAUUUAAAUCAUCAAGAAGGUUCAUCAUCAAUAUUCAGAAAUUUCCAUUAUUCAUCUCGGGUGUUGAAUCAAUCUUCAUCUCAAGGCGAAGACCAAAUCAUUCUCACGGAACAAGAAAAACCAAUCUAUGAAUUAUUUAUGAUUGUCCAAAAAUCAGUUCCGCUUGCCUAUAGAAUUUAUGAUAACGUCAACGCCUUUACUACUCUCCUUGCCCAAAUUGAUACAUUGAUUGUCAUGCUGAAAGACUUGUCUAAAAAACAAGACACUUUUCUUGGAGACCCAAUCACUGAAAUUAUUGAAGCAGCCAAAGAAUUGAAUCUGUCAAUUUUGUGCCGACGAGCAAGCUCUGCCAUGGUAUUGUGGAGAAAAGCGGAAACCCCAAAAGAAAAGGAGCAAUAUUCUGAAAUUAUGGAACGAGAUUAUGCCAAAGCUCUUGAAUCUGGAUCUGAGAGUGAUGAAGUGAAUUUUGCAUAUGCAACGUAUUUGAAAAUUGUAAAAUCAGAUUUGAGAAUGGCCUUACAUCACCUUACAAAAUCUAUUGAUUUAAACAAUGCAGUACCUGUUAAAUUUUUAAAACGAGCGGAAUUGAAUUUGGAAUUAUUUGAUGAAAUGAAAGAUAAUGAAACUGCCAUGAAUAUUGAACAGGAGCGUCCAGAACCUUCUGACAUGUCAACCUCUGAAAGAUCCAACAAUUCGCAACCACUUGAUAACACACUCUCUGUGAAAAUUAAUUCAGAGUGGAGCGACGACGCUCUCGAAAUUCUCAAUAAUUGUCUCAUGGACUGUGAAAGAUAUAUCGAAGACUCGAUUCAAUACGCCAAGAAGAAUAACAUGACCAAUUUCAUACUGGACUAUUACGUUUAUUACGUGAGAGGAAGAGUUUUUUCAGAGACAUUCAAGUCCGAAAUGAAUCAAAUAUCCAGCAAUUCAGUUUUUCUCAACAAUGCCGAGAGAGAUUUUACACUAUUUGUUGAACAUUUUGAAAAACCAGAAAAUGAGUCAUUAAUUGCACGAGAUAUUCUUGCAGAGGGCUAUGUACGACGUGCUUUGUGUAGAAUGCAUUCCAAGAAUUUGAAUGGAGCUGAUGCUGAUGUUGAAAGAGCAAAUGCACUUCUGGACUCAACUCCUGAUCGUGACAUGCACUCGGACAUGCGUAAUUACAUUGAAGAGUUGAAAUUACAAAUCCAAACACUUCAACAGUUUCAAUCCGUGUAUGACCAAGCGACAGAACUUGGUGCCAAAGCAGCUGAAUGUCAAUCCACUGGUGACUCGACCCAAGCUCUCGAGUAUUUGAAUGAAGCCAUUGCCAUUAGUGAGGAUACUCCAAUUCCAACACUCUACGUUCAACGAUCCAUGGUGUAUUACGACAUGUUUUUGAAGAGAUGCAAAGAAGGUAUUCCACACAACGAUCCAAUUUCAACACAAUAUAUUGAGAAAGUGGCACAUGAUUGCAAUAGAGCCAUCGAAAUUGAUCCCUCUUCUAAAACUACCGAAGCACGAGUGGUGUUAGCAGAGUACUAUAAAAAUGUGACAGGAGAGAAGGAUAAGGCAGUGGAGCAGUAUGAAAUUGUUUUAAAGAACUAUUUGCAAGAAAAUGAUCAAGAAAUGAUCAAAACUAUUGAGCAAGCAUUGGAUGAUAUUAAGAAGUUGAACAAGUAA